CUGAAAGCGCUCAACUUGAUCCAAGCGAGGGAUGGAAGUAAGAUGACUCAGUGGUCGGCUACAGUGCUGUAUACCAACUGCUGGAUAGAGGGCUAAGGCUUGUGUAGUUUCACCUCACUUCCUCACUGCUUACCCGAACUCUCAACACCUGCCGUUUGUCAGAUGUAUUCGUCCCGUCGGAGCCGACAGUUAUUGCAGUGCUGCGAGUGCGUUGAUGCCGUCUUCGGCGUCAUAGGUCCUUAGGGUUCAACGAAGGAGUCGAGAGCGUUGUCACCCUUGUGAACACGCUGUCUUUUUACACCAACGAAGGACUUAACGGGGAAGAAAAUUUGAAGCAAUGGGUGAAUUUAAAUUACACCACCCCGUGUGGGGAAGCCGUGGUUCUGUACAUGCACGAUGUCGUAUCGAACCCGCAGUGGAGGGUGUCAUACAUCUCGAUGCUUUUCGGCGCACCUACCAUGGAGAUCCUGCUCCUAGCCUCGUGUACGUCGUGCCGGCUAUGCUUUCAGGGAAAACAUUGUCUGCUCAGACGGUCAAGUCAAGGAUGGAACUCCUCCAGCAUCAGGCAGAUAACGUAGGUGUCUCGAUGCUUUGCAGACCAUUUGGUGGAAGACCCGACAUGUCGUGGGACGAUGCACAGGAAAUUUUAAACACCAUAGGACGACAGUUGGACGCGCAGAAGAAAACAGCUCUGGACAGGAUCAUCCACAGGCGGAUUGCGUUGGUUGGCGUUUUCCCAGGACAUCCAAACUGUCGUUCAGCUUUUACCAGUCUUACCCGCGCAAUCUUGGAACUUUGUCGUGGAGAGGAAGGGUCAAGCCUGAUUUAGACCAGAUAACUAGCCUUCGGUGUUCUGCGUUGGAACUUACACCACCACAGCAUCAAUGAAAAUAACAACCCAAUCUACAAUUCCUGGCUCUCCUUGCCCUUGGAUGUCUUCCUGGGUAGUAGCUCAGGGUUAAUGAAGGGUACGACACCACCCUGUGAGAUGACGACCUCACAGAGAAGUUUGUUGAACCCGGCG